UUUUAGAUGUAGCAACAUUGAGACUUUCGACAAAAUUGACACCCGAACGGUGAGGGCAGGGUAUAGCAGAAGGCUAUAUUGGCGUUUUCCACAACAGCGAUGGUAAUGGAGGCGUCUCCGUCACCGCAGAGCGUAGGUCGCGAGUUUGUGCGACAAUACUACACGCUAUUGAAUAAGGCGCCCGCCCACCUGCACAGGUUCUAUAACAAUUACUCGUCGUUCGUUCAUGGAGGGCUGGAUGCGCCCAACCGUGAGACGCUGCCGGUGGUUGGGCAGAAACAGAUACACAACCGCAUCCAACAACUGAACUUCCGAGAUUGCCAUGCCAAGAUCAGUCAGGUGGACGCGCAGGCCACUCUGGGCAACGGCGUGGUCGUGCAAGUGACGGGCGAGCUGUCCAACGGCGGCGCCCCCAUGCGCCGCUUCACCCAGACCUUCGUGCUGGCCGCGCAGUCGCCCAAAAAAUAUUACGUCCACAACGAUAUAUUCCGUUACCAGGACAUCGUGUUCUCGGACGAAGAGGGUUCCGGCUCAGGUCGGUCUGAGGGGGAGGAGGAGGAGUCCCCGGGCACGGGCACUGGCGGCGCGUACUUCCCGCCGCCGCCGGCCGCCGCAGCCUUCCCGGGCGCCUUCCCCGCGCCGCCAGCGCCACCCGCGCCCCCCCACCUCAACGGGCACCCAUUGGCCUUGCACCACCACCGCGAUCUCGUGCAGGCAUUGCACGGGACCAGCAUUACGAGCGAGGCCGAGCCGGAGCCAGCAUCGUCGCCCCCGGUGGCCAGCAGCGCCGCUGCAGCGGGCGCCGGGCCGGCCGCGCCCCCGCCGGCGCCCGCCCCGCCCGCGCCUGCCGCGCCAGUGCCCGCCCCGGCGCCCGCAGCGCCCCCCGCGGGCCCGACCUCACCUCCCGCGCCAGCCGCGCCGGAGCCCGCCCCGGAACCCGAACCCGAACGCGAGCCUACUCCCCCGCCUCAUCCACCGGUGGCCCCCGAGCCCAAGACGUACGCUAAUCUCGUGAAAUCGGGUGCGGGUGCACGCGCGUCCCCGCCCAGCGCGCCCCCCGCCGCGCCCCCGGCCGCGCCGGCCGCGCCCCGAGCCGCGCGCGCCCCCGCGGCGGAGGUGCGCGAGUCGCGCGAGCCCCGCGAGGCGCGCGAGUCGCGGCGCUACUCGGACGCGCAGCAGCUGUUCCUGGGCAACCUGCCGCACUGCGCGACGGAGGAGGAGCUGCGCGCGCUGUUCGCGCGCUUCGGGCCCGUGGCCGAGCUGCGCGUGCACAGCAAGCCGGCCGUGCCCGGCGCGCCCAAGCACCCCAACUACGGGUUCAUCACGUACGAGACCUCGCAGGCCGCGCACGACUGCCUCAACGCCGCGGUACGUAUGCAUGCUGUUUCUACUAUUUAUUCAUCAUUUUUUUAUGUUAUAUAUAACAAAAUACUUGAUAUGGGGUUCCUACCUAACUACUCUGAGAAGAAAAAACACAACAGUAAUUUAGAGGUUUCUAUUAGAGACAAAAUUAAUUAACAAUGAUCUUAGUUACGUACGUUGCGUUGUCCGAUAUAUGAUUGUUUUGAGUAUCGGGUAGCAAAUGUUUGAAAGCUACAGUAGCGAGAAUGAGGGUCUGGUGGUGUUGCAGCCGCUGUACUUCGGCGGCGAGGGCGCGGAGGGCGGCGUGAAGCUGAACGUGGAGGAAAAGAAGACGCGCGCGCGCGACGGGGCGCGGCGCCGACCGCUGUCGUCGCACCGCGCGUCGUUCGCGCCGCGCCAGCCCUACCGCCGCUAGACGCGCGCGGGCCAGCCCUACCGCCGCUAGGCGCGCGCGCCGCGUUAGCCCUACCACCGCUAGGCGCGCGCGCCCGCUGGCUAGGAUGUUCGCUUUCUUGUGACGACGUCUGCCGAAGUCCGCGCGACCCUCGGCGCGCCCGGUCGCUCGUCUGUCAUCCUUCGUUUUCACCUAUGUAAGAUAUGCUAAGCUUCUAUGAUGUGUUUCGUUUUAAUUCGAUAUUGAAAUGUGAAUUUAAGUUUAUGAAUGCAGCGUAGAGGUACGUACGUAGUGAGUCGAGCGGGCGGCGGGCGAGGGGCGCGGCAGUACGACUGUACAUAGUGUUAGGAAUAUGAGACGCCGCCGCGUCGCCGACUUCACGGAAUAAUAAAUUCUAGAUUAGCUCCAAAACCCUUUCCAGAUUAUAUAAAUAACGUAUUUUGUAUUUAAAAUAAAGCGUAUGUUAUUGUAUCGAUUCGCUAAAACGAUAUUGAUGCAGAUGUUCUUAUGCAUUUACUAAGAUAUCUAUGAAGUAAUUAUGUGACGGAUGCCGGGCGCAGUAGCGCGCUGCCGCAGGCCGCGGAGACUAGUGGCCACUGCCAGCCCUCACUACUGCGUGCCAGUAUCGAUAACGAUUUCAAACUGUAUUAUAUUCUAAUAUUAUUAUUAGUUUAAAGAAAACUAAAAAAAUGGCAGUGACUGUAUUUUUUUAUUUAGUUUUUCAUCAAUUUUUAACUGUACUACUAAUAUGUGUAAGUACAUUGUUUUUGUAUUGAGUUGUGAAGCAUGUAGUGGUACUACGUGCUGUGCAAAAUUUCGUGUACUUAUUUAUUGUAAAUAUAAUAUUCGAGAGUCUCGUUACGCUGUAGUAGGACGGACAUCGCGUUAGCUUGUCGCUAGUGUACGCGCCAGGCUCGGGCCCGGGCCGGGCAGGCGGGGCGGCUCCGAUGUCGGUCCUCGAGUGGGCAGGCCCGCUCCUAUUUACACUACACACGUUUACUUGUAAACGUUGCUCGUGUCUCUUCAUUAUUAAUUACACGUCCCGUAAUUAUAUCAAAGGAAAAUUUCAUUGUCGUUAUAACAGCGUUUGCAAGUAAAAUAAGAAAUGAUUCUGUAAACAAAGUUUAGACCCAACACUACUAAGACAGACUCCCGAACUAAGUGAGUGCGUCGCGUGCGCUUAUUGAAGUUUUGGCCGGCGACUGUCGGCUCGUCGGGCGUGCGGGGCCUUCGUCACCGGCGACAUGUCUGUAGUAGCAGUGCGGGGGCUAAAGGUUGUGGAGUACAGUUGUAAACUAAUGUAUGAUGCGCGCGACCGGCUGGGGCGCGGGCGCGGCGCGGGGCAGCCUGGC